AAGCAUGGCCGUCUCUCUUCAUCUCUGGGCUGAGCGAAUUUGCGGUUUGUUAGUUCGUGUGUGAAAGAGGUAAUAAAAGGAAAAAAACGAUGGGUGUUUUCACAUUUGUGUGCAGGAGCAAAGGCGGUGAGUGGUCUGCCAAGCAGUUGGAGGGAGAGAUUGAAAGCUCUGCUGCUUCCACUUACGAGCUCCAGCGGAAACUCGUCCAGGCUGCCACCGCCUGCGACUCCUCUGGUGGUGUCACCUCCUCUUUCUCUGUCGUUACCCCUAAUUCUGCCGUUUUCCAGGUGGUUAUUGGAGGUGCUGUGGGCGGAGCCUUCAUCGGGGGUGGAGGUGCUGCUGCUGCUCCGGCUGGAGGCGCUGCCGCUGCCGCUGAAGCUCCUGCAGCUGAGGAGAAAAAGGAAGAGAAAGAGGAGAGUGAUGACGAUAUGGGAUUCUCUCUCUUUGAUUAAGCUCCUUUACUGCCUUACUGCCUUACUGCCUGUUUAGAUCUUAGCAAGUUGUUACAUUUUCAUUUUUCAUUUAUGCGUGAAUUAGACUAUUUUGGGUGACAUUGGGCACUUUUCCUAGUUAGGAGAAGCCAUUUUUCAGGAUAAAUUUGACAAUAUUAUGAGUAUGUUUUUUGGCA